CCAGGAAUAAAAGGAAAGAUCUCACAGCAAAAGGAUGAGUAGAGUGAUAUUCGGCACAGCAGCUACAUCGACAAUAACAAGAUGUCAAAACCUUUUGGUAUCCAACUACUGGAUUGGCUGGAAAGCUGGGAGCCACCAACCAAAAAUAAACCACCGGUCUCAAACGUACCAAAACUAACGCAGACAAUUACAGAAGGCGUGCAAACGGAGGCUUGCAAUAAUGGCAGGCAAGCCGACAAAAACCCAGAAGGGAAAACACCGGUAUACACCAAGCCGCCGAGUAACAGGAGACAAGUAGUUUAUAUUUCAAGAGGCCGCAGCUUCGAACUUCCGCAAUACGCGUCAGCAUCUUCCCUAAUUUAUCAUAGGUACAUAGACGGGGAAUACUGGCGGGUGGAUUUUCAUAAAUCCGGAAGAAUUAAAAAAGUGAGAGAAGUAAACAAAACCGAAUUACCAGUAUCAUUGAAAAAAUAA